AUGGUCACCACUAGAGCCAAACACUACGGCCACAACAGUGACAUCGAUGGCCAAGGGCUGAGCUCACCUGCCCCUGAAGCGCUCAGCGAUCGCCGUAGAAGAUGGUCUCACCUGCUUCAUUCGCAACACUAUCAACCCAUUAUCUCUGAAGUCCUCGACGAAGAACUUCCUAAAUACGAAAAUAGUACUAUCAUUAAUGCCACAGACCGGGUCUCGCAUAUGCGCGAAUGCGCACUUAUUCUGGCAUCUGCACCGUCCGUAUUCGCUGCAGCCGUGAACGGCAAUUUGGUUCGGCAAAUGGCGUCAAAUGUGCAGCUCCAAGGAGAAUAUACCGUCAUCCAUGAGCGAGCGCACGAUCAGCCCUCAAUCUAUAUACACCUCCUGGCAGACGAGCACGGCAUUGCACCGACACCAAAUCAAUACUUAGUGAUAGGGAACAUGGUGUUUGACUACCUUGGAGAAGCACACAACUGCGAGCAUGCCUUGCAUGUGGACAAUAUCACGCCUCCCAUGGUGACUAAAUCAGCAUCUGAUCAAGGCCACCGUAAGUAUAUUCACACUACGAAUCGCUCUUCGAAGCGCGUAGAGACCCUCCACCGCCUGUUUCGAGGAAUACAGAAUCGCUGGCUCGAGACACCCGCAUCCCAUCGCGAUACACCGUUUCAGUUCCCUCCAGGCGAAUGUGGUUAUUCGAAGGACUCGCACAAUCGACUAGCACAGCACCGAGCACAUCAAUCUUCGAACUACGUCAUGAACCUCGUUGAAGAUAUAUGUACUUACCUUCAUCGCAUCGGACAAUUCAAGCAGCACUUUCUCAUGCAUCAGUUCAUCAUCUAUCUCAUCUUCCGACCCAGUCAAGCCGCUAUCGCAGAGAUCUUCUGCUCGGGACUCUUGCAGGUAUGGGUUGAAAAUGGUGGUGGGUUCAAUGCAUAUCCCGCUGGACGCAGCGUGGCAACUGCAAGGAGGGUAAGCAUAGUCGAAUGGCAUUCACACGAGAGGUGGAUUAGAGAGAAGUCACCAGUGGUUGAAAACAUGAGGGCACUGAAGGAAAAGGUCGAUGAAUGGCGAAAGGCGCUAGAGUGGGAAGAAGAAGCCGUGGAGGACUCAGAUGAGACUAAGAUUUUCGCAGAUGAAUACACGGGUGAUAUGUAUGAAUGCUUCUAA